CAUUGGCUGUCCAGUAGCGAGGAGGAAGGCUACUCGGAGCGGCCCGACACGGCAGCUUUAGCGGUGCUGUACCCACCUGGCUUUGUGGUUAAGGCCGAGUCUCCGCCGCUGGGCCGGGGAAGAUGGUGCUGGGUGGUUGCCCGGUGAGUUACUUGCUUCUGUGUGGACAGGCGGCCUUGUUGCUGGGAAAUCUUCUUCUGCUGCAUUGCGUCUCUCGGAGCCACUCAUACAACGCUACUGCUGACCUGGAGCUCACGUCCCCGGGCGCCGCCCACCCUGAGGUCCUGGCCGGUGCUCCGAACUGGGACUACGGCGACCCCCUCUCUCCAGUCAUCCUUUGCUCCUACCUACCUGACGAAUUUAUAGUCUGUGAUGACCCAGUGGAUCAUGUUGGAAAUUCAACUGCAUCCCAGGAACUUGGUUACGGUUGCCUCAAGUUUGGUGGCCAGGCCUACAGUGAUGUGGAACACACUGCUGUUCAGUGUCAAGCCCUAGAUGGAAUUGAGUGUGCCAGUCACAGGACCUUCCUACGAGAGAACAGACCUUGUAUAAAGUAUACUGGACACUAUUUCAUAACCACUUUACUGUACUCCUUCUUCCUGGGAUGUUUUGGAGUGGAUCGUUUCUGUUUGGGACACACUGGCACUGCAGUUGGGAAGCUGUUAACACUCGGAGGACUUGGGAUUUGGUGGUUUGUUGACCUGAUUUUGCUUAUCACUGGAGGGCUAAUGCCAAGUGACGGCAGCAACUGGUGCACCAUUUACUAAAAAGAGCUUCUGUUACAACCCAGACAGAGACAAGUGAGUGUUCUGUCUUCCGAACUUAUCUCUAUGGGCUCAGACUUCUUCGAUAUCAGACCUGAACAUAUCUCUCUUUGGAGGGAAUGGGUUUGUAAGAAGAAUUCUUUGGACUAUGGAUUUUCAAUCCAAAUCUUACCUUGUGAACUAGAAAUGACAAGCAAAUGGUUUUGUGGGGAUCAAAUUUGUACACCUUUCCUCAUGUACAAAAUGUAAAGGCUAAUGACUAACUUAAUAAACUGCAGAUUAGGUUUCCACCUUCUUUAUUUCUGUACUUUGCUGGUCUUCAGUCCUUUGGAGGAGAGAACCCAACAAGAUAGGCAAAGUAAGUAUUGUUAUCCAUAUGCCUUUUGUGAUGCUGUCUUCAUGCAGAGACAAUUCAAACCUGAGCCAAUGAAAAUUUUAGCAGAAGUAGACAUGGCCAUGGAUUUUAAAACAUACUGAAAUUCUGACUUUUUAAAUUUAAAUUGUAGAAUAAAUUUUGCCAACGUGGAA